AUGCAAGGGGGCAUCAAUUCUGUUUAUAAGGGAAAGUUUCGAAGUGGCCAUCUUGUAGCAAUCAAAUCACUUGAAAAAUCCGCAGCAAGCGGGCAAGACUUCAUCAAUGAAAUAGCAACUAUUGGAAGGAUCCAUCAUAUUGAAGUUGAAGUUGCUCGAGGGGUUGAGUAUUUGCACUAUGGUUGUGACAUCCAGAUCUUGCAUUUUGACUUCAAACCGCACAAUAUACUUCUUAAUGAUAAGUUCGUCCCAAAAAUAUCAGAUUUCGGGCUAGCAAAAUUAUGCGCCACAAACAAGGAGGCAGUUACUUUGACAGCUGCUAGAGGAACUAUAGGGUAUGUUGCUCCUGAACUUAUCAAUAGAAGUAUUGGUAGAGUGUCUUACAAGGCCGAUGUGUAUAGUUUCGGGAUGUUAUUGAUGGAAAUGGUAAACUUAAACAAAGAUUUGACGCGAAACAAUGAUGAAUCUAGUAAGUAUUUCCCACACUGGAUAUACGACCACUUGAACAAAGAUAAGGACAUUGACAUUGGAAAUGAUAAUGAAACUGACGAUAAAAACAUUGGUCGGAAGAUGACUAUGGUUGCAUUAUGGUGCAUACAAAUGAGUUCAGACAAUCGUCCAUCAAUGAAUAAGGUGCUAAAGAUGUUAGAAGUUGAUGUCGAACAACUGCACAUCCCUAACUAUUCAGCGUAUAUGGCAGGAAAUGAGGAAGAAAACUGGGUUACCAAUUCAAAUGUUUCCAUAUCAUUGCAUGAUAUCAAUGAUAGCAGCAUUAUUGAGAUUAUUAGUAUUGCUUGA